CUUUUCAACGGGAUUGUAAACAAUGUGUUGGCAUUUCCAAAUUUAAUCCGGCUGUUGAUUAAGACCACCCGCGCUUCAAUGGGGCUAUUAUUUUUAUCACUAUUAUUGUAAUAAUGGCGAAAAACCGAGACAGCGGAACUUUCUAAGCAGCUAUGAGUUUUCUAGUAGUAAAGGGUAGACUUGAGGAUGUUUUUUGUAAAGCUGACUUUAAUGUGAGGAGAUUUUAUUUAAAGUUUUAGCACACACACACACACACAACCCCCCAAAAUACAAACACGAUGUCAGCCUCAGCCCUAAACGGAGAUCAGUCUACCGCGGGGGCGGCGAACUCGGAGGCCGGCGACGAGGUAAACAAACCCGGAGUGGCGGAGAACUCGAGGGCGGUGUGCGACGUGUGUAAGCGGCUGUACCGCGACCCGAAGAUCCUGCCGUGCUUACACACCUUCUGCGCCGACUGCAUCGGGCAGCUGGAGCCGGUCGCGGUCCCCGGUGGCGUGAACGGCCGAAGGUCCCCGUCCCCUCCCCGGGACCGGCCGGCGGCCACCGUGCUCUGUCCCGAGUGUGACUCCGAAGUGGACAUCCCUCCGUCGGGGGCGGACGGUUUAACCACCGACCAUCUGGCCCUGGAUGAAGUUUUCCUCCAAACCCUGCUGACUGGAAACUGCGUUGUGUGCGAUCUCUGCAGCGACGGGCACGGAGAGAAGCGCUGCGAGGUGUGCUGCGUCAACCUGUGCGACUUCUGCAGCAAAGCGCACAGGCGACAGAAGCGGACAGCCUCUCAUACUGUGCAGUGUCUGCAGGAGCUGAGGGCGCAGGGUCGCCUCUCACGGCCCGUCCUUUGCUCCUUGCACCCUGGACAGGAGCUCCGCCUCUCCUGUGAGUCCUGUGACCUGCCCGUCUGCCUGGAGUGUGCCGCCACCUUCCACCGCGACCACCAGUGCUGCCCGGCUCGAGAUGUCGUCCAUCGUCACGGUGACCGCAUCCGAGAGCUGGUCACUGGCAACCUGCGUCCUCGCCUGCAGCGCCUGGAGGAGUCACUGCAGAAGGUGGAGAUAUCCCAGGAGACCUUGCAGGCGCGAGUGGAGGCAGCUGCCGCCGAGGUGCGAGCAUUUGCACGAGGCUAUGCCACCGCUGUAGAGUCCCACUGCACAUCUCUGCUGAACCGCCUGGAGGAGCUGCGAGUUCAGCGCAGGAAUCAGCUCCACCUGCAGAGGGUGCAGCUGCAGCAAGCCCUAUCGGACAUCUGCGGUGGGAUGGACUUUGCUGAGAGGCUGCUAACUUGCGGCUCUGAAGCCGAAAUCCUCAAUGCCAAAGGCGUGACCCUGAGAAGGCUGACCAGCUUGGUGGAGAACAGCUACGACCCCAACCCAGAAACAGUUGCCACUGAUGACGGCAGCAGCAUCUGCUUUAUGCCCGGGGAGAGCGCGGGGAAGGUGGAGGGCUACCCGGUGGUGGGGGUGAUCCACUUGAAGCUGCUGGACCUCAGCAAGUGCUCCAUUGAAGGCGAAGGUGUGCAGCGAGGCAUGGAGGGGCAGCAGAGUCACUUCACCUUGGUGUGCAGGGACUCGGCUGGGGAGCGGAUCGCCCGAGGCGGUGAGCAUGUUUUGGUCAGCAUCGUUCACAAGGAGAAGAAAAACUGCAAAGUGAUGACAACAGUGGUUGACAACAAUGAUGGCUCCUACGCUGUGACGUACACACCUGUAGAACUGGGAACUUACUCUGUUUGGGUGUGUGUCAAAGCCCAGCAUGUCAAGGGUUCUCCGUUUGUCCUGAACGUCAAGAGGAAGUUCAGGCGUCAUCAUGGGACAUUCCACUGCUGUUCCUUCUGCUCCAGUGGGGGUGCCAAAGAGGCUCGCUGUGGCUGCACAGGAUCCAUGCCAGGUGGGUUUAAAGGCUGUGGUCAUGGCCACAAGGGUCACCCUGGGAAGCCACACUGGUCCUGUUGUGGCAGCACUGUGGAGCAGUCCGAGUGUUUGCCCCAGAGCAUGAUGGCUGCUGUGUCCCCUCGAAGCCAGCUCCGGACUGUGGAGCUCUGAGCUGACACGACACAUCUCAGUCUAACAGAGUAUACAUUUACAAAACGUGCCUGAACCAGAAGUCACAGAAAGCAGGCUUGUCAGUGGGAAGUCGCCUGAUCCACUCCUGGACCUCCUUUGGUUCGGAAGGUAAAUGAGUAAAAGUCUGCCUUAAUGCCAGCAAUACAAGGCUG